ACCGUCUAUCUGAUAAGAUUGUAAAAGUUUACGGCAACGUAUUCAGUGUGGUGUCUAUUAAAGGAUAAGAGAGUUAGUUUACAGUCAUGGGGCUGCUUUGUCAUAUCCUGAUAUUGGCUAUAGGAUUUACUCUGGUGGCUUCUGCCCCGGAGAAACCACCAGUAAAAAAGUCGUACCGUGGUCACAAGAUUUACAAGGCUUUACCAGGCACACGUGACCAGGCAGAGCUCAUCAACAGACUUGAGGUUUUGGAACACUUGGGGGUUGACGUAUGGAGACGACCCAAGACCCCUGGGCAAGAGGUAACCCUCAGCGUUUCACCAAGGGCUCGAGGCAAUGUCGAGCGCUUUUUCAAGCAACAUGCUAUCCCAUACUCCAUCGUAAUACACGAUCUACAGAGUAUGAUUGAUUCCUCAUAUGAGUCUACCGAAGCUACAUCUUAUGCAUUUAGUCUUACGCAAUAUAACAGACACGACGAUAUCAACGAUUGGUUGGACAGUACUGCAUCAAGCUGUGGAAGCAGGUGCAGCAUUGAAAAUAUCGGCACAAGUACUAAUGGCAGGACACUGAAAGUUAUCAAGAUCGGAAAGAGUUCUUCUAGUAACUCCAAGGCGAUUUGGGUUGACGCUGGUAUACAUGCGAGAGAGUGGAUCUCGCCAGCCGCCUCCCUUUAUCUCAUCGACAAGCUUGUCAACAGCUACAACAGUGAUAGCACUGUUAGGUCUCUGGUAGAUGCUUUUGACUGGUACAUUCUUCCAAGUUCCAAUCCAGAUGGUUACGAAUAUUCCUACGUUUAUGAUAGGCUAUGGAGAAAAACUCGCAGUCGAAACUCUGGCUCCUCAUGCUUCGGGGCAGAUCCUAACCGCAACUGGGACUACAAGUGGAUGUUGACGGGUGCCAGUUCCAAUCCAUGUUCAGAUACAUAUGCUGGGUCAAUAGCCUUCUCUGAGCCCGAGACUACAGCUAUGAAGGAUUUCAUGUUGAGCAAAUCUAGUAGUCUAAACAUGUAUAUAUCAAUCCACGCCUAUGGUCAAUAUAUUCUCACACCUUGGGGUUAUACAGAGGAUCUUCCAUCAGAUUACAAUGAUUUGGAAUAUGUUGGAAACGAGGGAGCUGCUGGUAUAAGAGGAGUAAACGGACGAAGUUUUACUGUUGGAUCCUCCACACGUGUAUUAUACGCUGCAGCUGGAGCUAGUGACGAUUGGGCAAAGGCUGUCGCUGGUAUCAAGUACUCAUAUACAUUAGAAUUGCGAGACACGGGCUACUGGGGUUUCGUUCUACCAGUUAGCCAGAUUACCCCUGCCUGCGAAGAAACAUAUGCUGGUAUAGUCCGUAUGGCCCAAGCUAUCAUGUAGAAGAUAUUGGUGGAACAAUUUUACAUAUCACGUACAGUCUGGUAUUCCGGCUGAUUCGAUGUUCUGUAGACUUGAAACAAGAAUAAAAAUAUAAAAAUCUCAGGCUAUUUAUAAUGUCGCUGAUCUUAGAUAGCUGACAGAAUCUUCCAG